GGUCCCCAAAUCAUCAAUAUUAGUAAGUAGCUAUCCAAUUCCAGAGUUUUCUCAUUGAACCAACAGCAAGUGAAAGCAAGCUAGGCAGUCCCGGCUAUGGAGACUUCGCCGUAUCGCGGCCACCGGUUGUUCUUGGAGAAGAAGACAGUUGCAGUACCUCCUAGUCCUACUGAUGCUUACGCAAGCGAAGCAACUAGUUUCGACACCAAUAUGGUUUUAGUCAUAGCAUUAUUACUAUGUGCAUUAAUUUGCUCUUUAGCUCUAAACUCCCUCGUCCGACUCGCUCUACGAUGUGGCUACAGAGUCUCCUCCAAUUCGGCAGACUCAAACCAAGAACAAGUCACCGGCCUGAAGAAGAAGACGCUGACUCAGAUUCCGGAGAUGAAAUAUGAAUUGUCAGGACUAAAUGUAACAGAUUGUCCAAUUUGUCUUGGAGAAUUUGCGGAAGGUGAAAAUGUGAGGAUGUUGCCUAAAUGUAAGCAUGGUUUUCAUGUUAAAUGUAUAGAUAAAUGGCUGUAUUCACACUCGACUUGUCCGCUUUGCCGGCAACCGUUGGCUGAUGAGUUGAGUACAGUGUGUUGUGGUAGUACAGAAGACCGGGAAGUGCAUGUACGAGUACGGAUUCCAGGGUUGCCGGAAUUUCGGACCGGCGGGUAGGAGUUAGCUCGCUUGUUUAGUGAUGAUGUUUGAUUCUCAUUUUUAUUGAUUUUUUCUGUCACGAAAUUUCGUGGUGUUGGUGAAGUGCGGAUUUUUGUAUAAUUGUUAUGUGGGGUACCGUUGAUGUUUGUGCAAA